GGUGGGUUGAGUUGUGUUGUGCUUUCAGCCUUUUGUUUGUUGCUGUUGUCUAAGUUAUUAUUCAAUCAAUUUAAAGUACAAUGGCACAUCUGUCUGAGAAUGAAAAUGUUACUGAUUUGAUAGAAGAAGAAUUAGAAGAGGAAAAACUUUUUCUUGAGAUGUCAAACAAGCAAAAUGAGCUACUGACUCCUGGAAUGCGACAUUCUGCUACAACUGACACACUUGAUUCAGUGUAUCUUGAUCCUCCAACUGCUGAGCUGGACAUUGAUUCUGAACCCAAAAUUGACAUUGAGAUUGUUAGUGAAACUGGUGACAAAAAUAUAACAUCUUUUCAAGGUACCUCUAUGGAUAGUGAGGUAAAACCAAUGCAAACUAUGAGUGAUGUGGAUGAUAAUUCAAAGGCAAACAUUGUCUUUGAUGUUGAAAGUGAAAUUAAAGAAGAAACAUCCCCACCAUCACUCAGUAAAUAUUUUGGAAAGGUUGAAUCCACUGAGGAUUUCUUUGCUUCUUUGCCUCAUGCUGAAGAAGACCUUCCACCUUCUACUGACAUUGAUAUUGGUAGUGUUUCAGAUAGCAAGCCUGGAGGUGAAGAAAAUGUAAUGUCAGGAAGUGAUCCAUUUGGGCUAUAUUCUGCUCCUGACAAAAGUGAAGAAAAAGUAGAACAGCAAGCAGACAGAGCUGAUGAAAUGGCAGAUUUAACUCUGAAUAGCUCAGCAGAUGUUCUUCAAUUUGAUGACAUGACGCUGGAAGAUACUAUUGACACUAAAAAUGAAACCUGUGAUGAAAAGUCAGAUAAGAAAAAACAUGAAUUUGUUGGCACUGUUGACUUUGAUCUGGCUCUUGAUGGAAAUGACAUUGUUGAGACACCAGUAGAUGUUGAAGAAAAGGAUGGAUUUGAAUCUUUCACAGCAGAACUAUCUAACAAUGAAGCAUUAGAUGCUUUAGGUAUAUCACCAGCAGCCCCAUCCUUUAUGAAUGACAACAGCAUCAAAGAGUACUUCAGACAAGCCAGUAGUCAAUCAGAUGAUCCCUUUGGGGGGGUUUCUCGUCAGAUAUCCCACACAAGUGGGAGAUCAUCAACAAGCCAAGAGAGAGUUCUGGGAAGUCUAGAUGAGGUGACAGAGAAUGGGAAUGAAGUUCCUGAACAUGUCCAGAACUCGGACACUUCCAUACCGGCUCCAGACCUGUCUGCUACUAUCGGAACAGGGAGUGACUCUGUGGAGACAACUCCAAGACACCAACCUUUGUUCCCUCCAUCUACUACCCUUUCUCCAGGGGAAAGUCCAUCUCAUCAGCCCUUCUUUAAGCAUUCUGAUUCACAGUCGAGUGGAGACCAUUCUAUUCCAGCUUUCCAGAGCUUCGGAGAUUCUAGCAGCACUGAUGACACAUUCUCCGUCGCACUACAGAUGAGUGACUCUGACCGCCAACAUGAUGCCUGGCUUCCGUCAGACAAUACGAAGAACAUAUUAAUCACCAUGGCAACACAUGCACCAGGAAGUUAUAUACCAACAUCUGACCUGCUUGUUGCACCUUCGCUAGUGUCAACACAGCAACAGGGUGACCCUGUUCGAGAGCUUGUAUUCCGGUACAUGGGAGAACAAGAGGCUCUGAAAAGGAAGGUUCUCACCCUGGACAGUGUGCCCCGGGAUGUGGAUGGACUUAAACAGCUCUUGGGUGCUGGAUGUUACCGGUCUGCCAUAGACUUGACAACGGAGCUUAUUACACAUAUGGGCCAGUCUGUUAACAUGGAGGUGCAGAUCAACCAUUCUCCACAGACUCUCCAAGUGUGGUAUACUCGCUUCAGCCUCAUGAUGAAACUUAGACUGUAUAGCGUUUUAGAAUCAGAGUUUGUGGCAUUUAAAAAUCUCGACACUCCGGACAUGUACUACGAGUAUUACCCUCAUCUGUUCCCUGGCAAAAGAGGAUCAAUGGUGCCAUUUGGAAUGCGUCUCCUGCAUGCAGAGUUACCCCACCACCUUGGCCGAUCAGCCGAAACUCUGGAUAGAUUCUACUACCUUCUGGCCAUUACUAAAAGGAUACUGAAGAACCUGGCGGAGGGCUUAUCUGAGGAUGGAAGUGCUCUUACAAUAUCAAAUGAGAGCAGAAAGGUUUCACAGAAGUUAUGGCAGGAAAGAGAGAAGAAAAUCCUGUACUUGAUAGCCAAUACACUGGUUUUGCUUCGGGACUAUGACGCAGCACUGAGUGUGUAUGAGGAUCUGAUGGAAAAGGACAGUGGACAAAAACUGGCCUUACUGUCUGGACUGGGCCGAAUACACCUACAGAUUGGUAACUUGACGAAGGCCAGUGAAUUUUUCCAGCAGGUGAAGGCAACCUGUGAGGGAGACUCUGCAACGCUCCAUAUGAAUAAGGGUUUUGAGGCAAUGUGUCAAAACAACUUCACGGAGGCUUACGAGAGUUUCAAGUUGGCUGUUCAGGCUGAUCCCUCAAACACAUCAGCUGUGAACAACAUGUCCGUGUGCUGUCUCUACCUCGGGAAGUUGAAGGAGGCCCUAACAGCACUGGAGGCCCUGGUGCACGGUAGCCCGGAAAAGAACCUACACGAGGGGAUAUUAUUCAACCUGUGUACGCUUUAUGAGCUGGAAUCCUCCAGGGCUCUACAUAAGAAACAGGCCCUACUGGACUUGGUCAGCAAACACAAAGGAGAUGGCUUCCCUGUUGUGUGUCUAAAAAUGUCCUAAUAAUGAAUACAGGAGUAAGGAUGUAUGGUGUUAAAAUGUUUUAUAAUGGUGUAACACUGGACAUACUUGUAUGUUGGAGUAUUUAGUACCGGUAUGCUUGUAAGUACUAAGUCUACCGAGUGUGUAUAUGUACUUCCAUUGACACUUAUUCAAAAUGCAAAAAAUAUGCAUUACUUUAUUCAAUCAAUAGUGAUGACAGUUAACUGUCUUUAUAUUUAUAGUGGUCUAGAUAUCAGUAGUAUUAAAACAUGAACAUAAAUUCCGAUCUUGCUUCGUGAAGAAACAUGGACAUAUAUCAUAAUGUACAUGUACAUGUUUGUUGAAGUUGAAUAUUUUUGCUGCAAGUGACUGAAAUGAAAGUGUGUGAAUUAUCACAGAAUUAUGCGACUUUAGUUCCAAAACCAUUGAUAUUCAUGUAUAUUUAACAUUCCGUUACAAUUUACUCGAUUUAUGUUGGUUUUCAAUUAUUCAUGCUGUUAUGUGAAAAAAGUCAGUGUGCACAGGUGUCAUUGAAGAGCCAUUACUUGAAUUUGAAUUUUGUAUUGAAGAUAAUUAUUAGCUUUAUAUAUUUGUUAGUAUGAAGAUUUUUUAUGUAUGAAUUGACACUGUGCUUAGCUGUGGUAAUGUGCAAUAAAUGUAUAAUAUUAAA